CUCAAUGAGCCUUCUGUACGAGUGGAGGUUCAGCCAUGCCAUCCCACAAAACCUUCAGGAUCAAGCGAUUCUUUGCCAAGAAGAUGAAGCAAAACCGACCAAUUCCGCAGUGGAUCCGCAUGAAAACUGGCAACAAGAUUAGGUACAACUCCAAGGGGAGACACUGGAGAAGGACCAAGCUAGGUCUGUAA